AAUUCACUAAACCAACGUUACUGAUGCAGAUUCUUGUCAUGAGCAGGACGGAUAUCGGAGAGACAAAGGAUGGAUCUUGGAAGAUGCCGAACGUUAUAGAUCUUGAACUCUCAUUCAGGAUAAGCUCCUGCUUGUCCAUCCAGCAGGACACUGUUAAAACUAUUCGUAAUCACCUGUAUCAAUGAGAUCCAACGACGGCGACGGCCAAAAGUCAACCGUAUCUGACCAAAUCGACGUAUUUCCGAAAAGACGUUUCCCAGCAGCUGCUCAUUGCUACGAACUCUGCAGCUACUCAAGAGAGGCCCAUUGGUUCCGAACGGCUCAUUUUGUAUGUCCUAAAAAUGCCCGUCGGGGAAGGCGGGCAUCCAGCGGCCUCGCCUGCACGUCCGCCGCCUCCUCAUGGGCAACAACCCACGAGCUUUGACGCUGCACUCUGCCAUAUGUGGGACUUGCAUAACUUCGAGUUGAACAAUGUUCGUCGCCAAUUCCUCGAACGAAUAUCACACACAAAUGCUGAGAGCGAGGCACUCAAGGUUCAGCUAGCCCGUGCGGAAGACAAACAUAUCCAGAUUGUGAGAGACCUACGAGAACAGCUUCGUAUUGUUCAAGAACGGGCAAUACACGCGGAAUCGCGCGCGGAAAGGGCGGAGAAGAGAUGGAGGAAAGCGCAAGCCGAGGCAGAGCAGUUGAGAACGCAAUUACAGAAAGGACUUCUUUCUGAAUCCGCGACGGAUACUCGGGCAUCCCAGUCCGUAUUGGAUAGCUUAAAUUCACAAGUUGCCAAGCUUCAACGGGAGAAUGCAGAGCUGAGGCAAAGCAAAGCUGAAGAAUAUGCGAGACUACAGUCUAUGUAUGAACAACAACGCGGUAAAAACGCUGCGCUCCCACGUUUGAUGGAUGAGAAGCAAGAGAAGUGGAUGCAAUUUAGACAAGAAUACGGAAAGCAUCAAAUCCAGCGAGCCAUCAAGAAGAGAAGAAAGGAGAAUGAUACGAGUGAUCUGAACGACAUUUUCCCAGUACAGACUGGUGAAGAGGGAUCCUCAUUAGCGGCCCAAAACAAAGCUUCUCUCGAUCAGAUACGAAUGGUCAACGCUAUCAGCCAUGAACGAACGCAUGAGCAGGGUAUCGAUGGAAAACAGGACAGACGAAGGAAAGGUGCCGGAGACGAAGAUACUUCACCAUGUGUGCCUCACGCCAAGCGCCAAAAAAGCCUUCCCCUGGCAACUGUUAUAGGCGUCAACCGCGAAAGCUAUAUCAAUGAACCAUCAACAGAGGCGCAUGUGGCAGUCGCUCCGGCUCCCGUCCCUCCCACCAUGCUAGGGCCGAAAGAAAACAUCACCUUAGACUCUGUCGUUGUACUCUCGCACUCGCAAGCACCGCAAACUUCUCUGAAUAGCCCACCAAUCGAUAUGGUCUAUCAAAGAAAAACGAAGGAAGCCGUAGUGAUCGUAGAUGAGACUUUAACUGCCGAAGAUGCAGUCAUGGGAGCUCUUCCUUCACCUAUCGAUAUAGCAAGAGGUCAGGGAUUCCGGGACCCAGCAGAUGUGGGUCCUUCCGUUUUGAUGUCAGUCGGCGAAUUCCCGGAUGAAGAUGACGUAGACAUUUUGGGUACGGAACAGUCGACUCCAAAGAAUCCCACACGCAAACAAAACUUGCUAGGUGCAUCGUCACCCUACAGCAUGGAGUUUUCGCCGGGGCCCUUACCCCCUCCUCUCUGCCAUUCUUCACUGUACGUACAUGCAGAAAACUUUGCGGAGGAGAGCCAAAAUAACACCAUAGCUCAAAACUGCCACGACCUUAAUGUGCAAGGAACCAUUAUAACAGAAACACCUGAUGGUCGAAGCGUCCGAAGAAUGAGGGAGACUGUCCGAUCUGGUGCGAAGGAAGACGGUAAAUCUCCCUUCUUGGUCAGCAAACGCAAGCUGUUGUCACCUGCAAAGGAUUCUUCCCCAAGGGUUGCAGGCUCAGAAGUGACGAACGCGCGCAGCGAACAAAGUGGUGGCGGAUAUGUUACAGCAAAGGACCCUCAAGCGAAUAUACCUACCGUAUCCACCAAGCGGCUGGAAGAUUCGGACACGAGUACUGGUCACAGUGAUGGUCCCACGAGCAAGAGCACAACAGGUGCUCUGGCUAAAAGUAAACGUAUAAAGCCUAGGAGCGAUCGCCACAGGAGACACUCAAGCAGUCUAACAAUAGUCAGCGUUACCAGUCCGGAUAAAGCAGAGAGCGCUAAUCCUGGUCGUCAACCUGGAGAUAAUGAACAGAGCGAAAAUAUCCCAUCCUCUAGAGGAUCUACCUCGGCACACAAUAAGUCACCAGCGGGAGACGUGGCGCAUACCACCAGCAAGAAUGGUGUCCCCUAUAAAUAUCAUGAAGUCGUGCGUAACAAGGAACAAAGAAAGAAGAUGCAUGCAGAGGACUGCGCAUGCUGCACUGGCUUCUACAAAGCGGCCGGUCCUAUAAAACCUCUACACGAACUUGGUGCCGCCCCUCCCUCAGAAGCUGACCGCCUCCAGAAAGUUUCACGACAUCGUCAUUGGCAUGCUCCGCCAGAUACUCCACCCGGGUUUUGGGAUGUGGACUUUCCUACAACUCAGCAGGCUGUAGCAUAUAAUAACGAGGCAAAGGCGGCCAGGGCAAAGAAACAGAGUAGCGGUCACUGAUGUGAAAUGGAGAGUGAUUGUAAAUAGCAUGUUAAGGACAAUUCUAUUCACCGUAUGUUACACGGCGCAAAUAUACGACCAGCAC